GGCGGCGGAGGCGCGGCGCCGAGUGGAGAGCGGCGGAGCGGGCGGCGGUACUCACGGAGACCUGUUAUUGAAGGGAGGCCCAUAUGAUGGAAUAUGAAAUGUAAAGAAAAAAUGAAAGAAUGACUCAAGAAGAUAGCACUUCUAAAUGCAAGUGCCAGAAAAAUCACAGCUCCUCUCAGUGAAUUUGCAAGUGGAUUCUCUUGCCUGUGGGCUGGCAGGCAGUUAUAGGACUGCAGAAUGGGUCUUCGGAUUCACUUUGUUGUUGACCCCCAUGGUUGGUGCUGCAUGGGUUUGAUUGUCUUUGUCUGGUUAUACAAUAUUGUUAUAAUCCCCAAAAUUGUCCUCUUUCCUCACUAUGAAGAAGGACAUAUUCCUGGCAUUUUAAUAAUAAUAUUCUAUGGCAUUUCCAUAUUUUGUCUGGUUGCCUUAGUGAGGGCCUCCUUAACUGAUCCUGGAAGACUCCCUGAAAAUCCCAAGAUCCCACAUGCAGAGCGGGAGCUGUGGGAGCUGUGCAGCAAGUGUAACCUGAUGAGGCCGAAGCGCUCCCACCACUGCAGCCGCUGUGGCCACUGUGUGAGGAGGAUGGACCACCACUGUCCUUGGAUAAACAAUUGUGUGGGUGAAGACAACCAUUGGCUCUUCCUGCAGUUGUGUUUCUACACUGAGCUGCUUACUUCCUACGCACUGAUGUUUUCUUUCUGCCAUUAUUAUUAUUUUCUUCCACUAAAACAGCGUAAUUUGGACCUCUUUGUUGUUCGGCAUGAACUGGCUAUCAUGAGGCUAGCUGCCUUCAUGGGCAUUACUAUGUUAGUUGGAAUAACUGGACUCUUUUAUACACAACUGAUUGGCAUCAUCACAGAUACAACAUCUAUUGAAAAAAUGUCAAACUGUUGUGAAGAAAUAUCGCGGCCCCGAAAGCCAUGGCAGCAGACCUUCUCAGAAGUUUUUGGCACUCGUUGGAAGAUCCUGUGGUUCAUUCCUUUCAGGCAGAGGCAACCACUGCGAGUUCCCUACCACUUUGCCAAUCACGUCUAAACAGAUGGAUGGUGGGCCCAGAUGGGUCCUCCAUGCUGGAAAUGCGUUACAGGUUUUAUGAGAAUAGAACUAUGACAGUCUUCAAGUCAAUUAAAAUCCACCCACCAAUCUUAGGCAUCAUAAUGUGCCCCAGGCUUCAUUUUAAUAGUGAUCUUGAUCCUGUUGUGGGACUAAUACAAGAUCUAUAUUUAAGUUUUAAAAGCAUGUUUACUUUUAAAUUAGCCUUCCACCAGGAUUUCUUUAAAUGCAUCUGUUACUGAGCUCAAAAGGCAAUGAUUGGGAUGAAACAAUUGUACAUAAAUUUUCUUCAGUACUCACAAUAUUUUAAAUUUUAAUUUAUAGGAAAUUUGAGAUGUUUUAUGUUUACCUUUAAGCAGUACUAACCAAAUUUGAAUUUAAUUCUUCAAGUUUACAAAACUGGACACACUUUGUUAUGUGCAAAUUUUCUUUUUUUUAAUAUAAGUUAAAAUGCUAUGACUACUUGCUUUUAUAUGUGCUGCAGGGUUUUUACAAUGCAGUGAACAACAAGGGGCAGUGCCUGCCGAGGAGCAGCUCUCUGAUGCUCUUCUGUACUCCUCCUCAGAGCCACAGACGACACCACGAGUGGAGUGCAUCACUACUACCUUAUCAUAAAGGAGAAACUACGUUUCCCCUCUACUGCAAUCACGGAUUGCUAUUAGAAUACUUGCUCCCAGGAGAAAUGUGUGACCAGUCAGGCAUAUAUUCCUGUUUUACCCUAAGAUUCUAUUGACUGAAGAGGGUAGGAAGUUUGCAAUAAUUCCAGUUACUUCUUCAAGUGCAGUUAUAUUAGAAAGCAGAUGUUUUAAAAUGCUAAACUAGAUGGUGUGUAAUAUACAGUGGAAAGAGGAAAACUGUGCUUUUAAAGUGUGUAUACUUUUAUGUAUCUGCCAGUAGAUCUCACUGUACACAUUGAAGAUUUAUAUAUUAUAGAAUAGAUACUGGUCAACUCAUAUCAAAGUUUAAAAGUAGGUCACUAAAUUUAUAUACCAGUAAUCACCCAAGUUGAAAUUGAAUUUCCAUUGGCCAGUUAUAAUUUGUAUCUCUCUAGAGACCUUUUAUUAAUGUCAGGAAAUUAUCAUAAAAUAGAAUGAUCUAUGGUAGUGAUGGUCCCUUAACAAACAUGAGCCUUUUGUGUACAAAGGCAUUUUGUAUGAUUUGUUUUCAUUUAGGAUACUACAAAUCCAUGUUUGCGUGCUUAGUGAUCUUUUCCCUGCAAAAGAAUAUUGAACAAAUCUACCGUUCUUGAACCAUAUACAUACUUUUCUUAUAAGUAGUUGUAAGGAAUCAUAGCUGGGAAAUACUGUGGCUAGUUUUUUCAGAUACUGUAAAUGUCUUAUAACAUAUUCUGAAUAGAAUAAUCUCUUUGCAGAAAUAGUAAUACCAUAUUUUCAUGUUCUAAUUAUGUUUAUUAUUUAAAAACUUAGAAGUGGCAGAUGAAAAUAUUUAUUGGUGCUAAGACAUAUAGUAAGUUUAAUAUAAGAAACAUUUAUAAAGGUUAGGAAACAAAAUUUGUAUGUUUUAGUAUAGGCAAAGGGGCUGGAUUUUCUGUAAGCUGAUUGACUAAAAUUGGCCAAUGACAGUUACUAAAGGAAAUGGUGUAUAUAUAACGUCAGGAGAUAGAAGUUGAAUGCCUUCGGCUGCAUAUGUACAGUUCACUCAAGACCUGGAGCAUCCAUGGCAGAGCCGAGUGAAGGCCCAGUAUGGAGCUUUGUAGACUGCUUUAUACUUCAGGAGCAGUAGUGGCUCUGACACAAGGUAAUGGGAAGAUCUAUGGGUUUGGUCUGCUUACAUUUACCACUUCUGGGCACACUAUCUUCUCUUUACUGUCCCUGGUCCUGACCUCUCUUUUCAGUUUCCUAACUAGUCAUUGGACUUAAUGCACUAGUUUGAUCUACAGAAAUGCUGUUAUUGAUGUAUUUACAUAAGAAUCUAUAUUGCAGUAUAUCUGUAUAUACUUACAUAGUAUUGUCAAAUGUAUAUGUCUAACCCCACAGAGGGGUUUGUAAUCACUCAUUAGAUUCCUAGAGAAAAGCCUGUUGGCCAUUUCUUUCCUAGGGAUUAAGCUCCUCUGUUCUUUCUGCGCCCUCUUUUGGCUAAUUGAUGUAAUUAUUCUGGCUCUUGAGGCGUUUACUGUCCUGUUAGUGGGUUGUAUGGCCAGUCUGUGAACAUGCCAGAAGUAUACACUUAUAGGAACAUAUGUAUAAAAGUGUAAAGUUUUAUAAAAAUUGAAAAUGAAUGUGUUACUGUCAGUAAUGUUCCUUCUAGGUAAACUGCUUGGCUUCAUGUAUGUGUAUUCUUGUAUACUUUUUACUGUCAGUCACAAAUUUCGACUAGGAUAAGCUAUUUCAUGUAUUUUAUUUUAAACCUUAUUUUGGCAACUUAUUUUGUUAGCAUUAUAAAAACUCACUUAAAAUACUAUUUUAUUACAAAACAAAGCAUUUAUUACACUUGCUGUGGUAACUGUGUUAUCUGGUAUGUUUUAUGAAUAUUUUAAAAAGUACAUUUAAUUUUUUCAAUUCAAUUUUGGGAUGGUCCCCUUCCACACACACACAGGCUCAAUUGCUUUUAAAAUAGUUAGUAAUUGGUUAAUAAUACUAUUUUUUCUUUGCUUUUUAAAAAACCUUCUCAGUGAGAGUUACCCCUGUAGAUUCAAUAGCCCCUUUAUUUGUCCCUCUGAGUAACCAUGGGAAUAACUGCACAUGUGGAGUCUUAAGGAGCAGUGGAGCAAGGAGAUUGCCCCUUCAUUUCUAUAUUGCAUUAAAGUAUUUAUAAACUUGCUAUUUAAUUUUAGCAAAAUGUGUGUUAAAUAAUAUUUUUACAUUAGCAAAGUCACCUCUUGGGAUUCUGCAGUUAAAAUGUUAAGACCAAGCUGCAGACACUUGGUAAAUAAUUAGAGUUGGGCCUGCGUGGUGGCUCCAUAUAUAAAUGUAUUGGCUACACUUGGACCCACUUAGGGGAAGAAGUAAAAAGCGCCUGACUCUGUAGAAUUGUCCGCUGACCUCUACAAACAUGCCUAGGUGCUCAUGCCCCCUCCCCCAUCAUCAUCCAUCCGUCCAUUCCUUCGUUCAUUAUCUCAUACACACCACACACAAAGGUUUUGAUACCUUUUAUCAAAGGUUUGGAUAAACUUGUUGUAGGUAACAAACGACUGAGUUCAGAAUCUUCUAAACGUUAAAAAUCUACUAAGGAGUCUUUGUUACCAGGCUUCCAUUUCAAAUUACUAAGCUAACUGAUAUUACAUGAAAAUAAAAACCUAUUUUGUUUUAUAAUUAUA